AUGGCUCGCCGCCACGACGUCGACGUCAACGACAUCGACCUGGAGGAAGAAGAGCUUGACACCGACGACCUCGAGGCCGCUGGCUGCGCGGUUUGUGCCCUGGGCGCGCAUCGUCCUCGCCUCCCCGUCGCGACCCAAGUCCAGCUUCCGGCUUCAGGCGCCCCCGUCCACUCGGUGACUGCUCUUGUCGCCGACGCGCACACUCUCCAGCGCGAGAACCAGGAGCUGCGCGCCCAGUACGAACUCGUCUCAGCGCACAAUGUGGGCUUGGCUACUCACGCGUCCGUGCUGCAUGACCGCAAUCUCGCGAUCUUGCAUCGUGCUCGCGAGGAUUAUCGCGCAGGCAUGAUCCGGCUCGAGCAGGCGAUCUUCUCCCGGGAGCACGCCGAGCUGGACUACGCCGUCCUGGAGGACCGAGUGGCCGACUUCCGCGCUCGUGCUGAGCGCGCCGACGCUGCCGAGACUCUACUCCGCGCCGAGCGAGGCUCCUCGACAGAGCAAUAUCGUGAUCUUCAAGCUCAGCUCCGGGCGGCACGAGACCAGGUCACUGACUUGACUGCCCAACUCGCGCGCGCUCCUGCUACGCCGCCUCCCUCCACCGUGUCGCUAGCGCGGCUGUUUGCUGCACAAGGCGAGCGCGACGACCUUCGCAUCGAGCGUGACGACCUUCGCGUCGACCUCGCAGCCGCCCAAGCCGCCCUCGCUCCUGUCCAAGCGCGCCUCGUGGCCACUGCCGAGCAGCAGCGCGACGCCGCUCUCGCCGAGCGUGACCGCGUGACCCGCGUUCUCAUGGCCGUCGCACGCGAGCGAGACGCUGCUGUCACCGAGAGGGACCGGGCACGUCAAGCCGUGGCCGCCCUUGAGCAGCGGCGAGACGCUGCCGUCGCCGAGAGAGAUCAGGCUCGUCAGGCCUUGACCGCUCUGGAGCAGCAGCGCGCUCUUAGCCGCAUGGAGAUCGAGGCGGCCCAGAACCUGAACGUCCCGCUGCAGGACGACCUUCGGCGCGUCAACGCGCUCUUAGUGGCCCACGCCGAGGUGCUCCGCCGCGGCGCGACGCGUAUCCACGAGCUGGAGGAGUCAGUGGCUACUGCUACGACUCUCCGGGUGGCCGCCGAGUCCGAGAUGGCGCGGGCUCAAGCCGGCGAACUUUGCGCCACAUCUCGCGCGGCGCAGUAUCAAGCUGGGUGGCUGUCCAUGCGGCGGUCGUCUCAGCAGCGUCGAGGAGCAGUCGGCGCCCAGACCCAUCGUCUCAGCGCUCGCGUCGCCGAGCUGGAGGAGGAGCGCGACUUGGCUAUCCGAGAGCGCGACGAACGCGCUGUGGCUUGGCGUCGGAUGCUUCGAGACGCGCGUUGGGGCCGAGAGCUGGCGCGGCGGGUGUGCGACGAGCUUGCUGAUCGUCUCGCCGGCGUCGUAACGCGUGUAGGCGGGCAGAUCGACACCGCUGACCUGCAGUUCCUGUGGCAUCCGCGGUUCCUGUUCCUGCUCCAACUGCGUCGAGCUCUGGUGCCCGGGCGGGCUCGUCGGCUUCGACGGUGGGCUCGACGAUUGGCGCUUCCCCUCCAGCAGGUCCUUCGGGCUCCCGUCAUGUUCCGACUUCGUCCUCUGCCUCGUCCUCGUCGGGUUUUCGGCGACCUCGACACGGCGCGUCGAGUCGUUCGGGUUCUCAGUCACGCGCGUCUAGGCCGUCAGGAGUGGCGUCCGCUACGUCGUCUGGUUCUUCGCCCCUUCGACGUAGUCGACGGCUCUUUACCGUGGCCGACACUGAGGCCUCCGACAACGCCGCUGCGCAGGCCUCAUCUGCAGCUACGCCCUCUACGGCCGCUGCAGCGGGCGCACGAGAGGACGCGUCGCGCUUCGGCUCCGAGUCUUCGGACAGCGAGGACCAAGCGCGGCGAGCUCAGUCUAAGCGCCGCCGGCUGCAUAGCUCCGGGUCUCGCUCACGUCACGUUCCCGGACAUCCCCGCGCUCCCGUUCUGCUUCGCGUUCGCGUUCCCGCUCGGCCUCUCGUUCGCGUUCGCACUCGCCUCCACGCUCGCGCUCCCGUUCUCGCUCGCCCUCCUUGGCGUCGACGCGUUCGGCCGGCUCAACGCGUUCGGCGCACGCGGCGGGGUCGGCGCACUCGGUGGGGUCGGCGGCCUCGCGCCAGUCUUCUCCUGCACGGCCGACGCACUCCUCGUCGAGGGGCCGUGCGGCAGCCGGAGCUGGACCAGGCACUGGUCCGGGCGAUUCGGGCGACUCCAGUCGUCCGCUUCCUCGUCGUCCCGCGCCUCGUCCUCGAGCACCGCCUCCAGCGGCUCAGCGGGGAGUGCUCCGGCGGCGCCAUUCUUCGACCCUGUGAUUCCGCCUGCCGGAACUCCGUCUGGCUGGCGGCAGCCUCGCUACGCUCCUUGGUCCAAGCGGGUACGACGUCUCCGCCUUCAUCUCAUCACCGUGCAGGAGUUGCGAACGCUCUUCCUGCCGCCGCCCGGCUGGAUCCUUCCGCACCGUGUCCCCCCCCCCGCGCCUGCGAACUGGAACCGCGCCCUCGUGACUCUGGCCAACGUCGACGCGCUAUACGCGACUCGGCCGUGGCGCUACCUCGCUCAAGCCGCUGAGGCGCUUCUCUUCGCGUCCGGCGACGCGGCGUUCCGCCCAUUCCUACGUCGGCUCCGGUACCACAUCGAGCACUGGGCUCAGGCGUACUGGGAGGCCACCCAUGAGCUCUUCGUGCAGGGCGCGGAGUGGAAAAGGUGGCGCACGGCGCGCAACUCGCGUCGCUCACACGCGGGCAACCACCUCAACAGCCUGUUGCAGCUGGUGGCCGGGCUGUUCCAGCAAGGGCUCGCAGACAUGGACCUCUUGCUGGACCCAAUGGUGCUUCACUUUCCGCCCGCGCACGCGUCGAUCGGACUGUGGUAUCCAGGCCUCCAGCACGCUACGUUGCAAGCCGCGCUCGACGAUAUCGACGCGCAGGAGCCCUGGCGCCGGGUCUAUCGGACGCCGCUCACUGUGGCCGAGAUGGACGCCUACAUACGCUGCCAAGUGACGCGCGAUCAUCCAGCCUGCCAUGUGCCGCGUCUUGCAGGUAAGUUCAUCCAGCAGGUUUGA